AUGUUCUCCAUCCUUAAUGAAAUUGGCAACAACUCCCACUUCCGAACUACCGCCGUCGUGAUUGCCAGCAUUGGCGUCUCCGGCUUCAUCUACAUCCUCGUUGCCAUCACUGGCUACUUGUCCUUCGGCAAUACUGUCAGCGAUAACAUUGUCGCUAAUUACGGUCCCUCCCUAACCUCCACAAUCGGCAAAGCCGCCAUCGUAAUCCUCGUCAUGUUCUCCUACCCCCUCCAAGUCCACCCCUGCCGCGCCUCCAUCGACGCAGUCUCCCGCUGGCGCCCCAACCGACGACGCAGCAACGACAACGGCUCUCCCGCGUUCUCUCCCCCGCCGAAAGCCGCCCGCCCCGAUAACAUGGGCGAGGUCCGCUUCGCCACUAUCACAGCCGCUAUUCUCGUCGCUAGCUACAUCAUUGCGAUGACGGUCUCGAGCUUGUCGAAAGUGUUGGCGUAUGUAGGUAGCACGGGGAGUACCAGUAUCAGUUUCAUCUUGCCGGGGUUGUUCUAUUAUAAGAUUAGUAGUCCGGACUCGAGUUUGCAUCAGCGGUUGCUUAAGGAGGAUGAUGAUGAGGAGAGUGAGGAGGAUGGGGGUGGGGGUGGGCAGGAAGAGCACGGCCUACUUGGGGGCAGGGGAUUGAAGAGUGGAGUCGGAAGGAGGCGUUUAGUGAGGAAGUUGAGUCUGGCGUUGGCGAUUUAUGGAAUGGUGGUUAUGGUGGUUUGUUUGGUUACGAAUACGUUGUUUGUGGUUGCGCAUUGA